GCUACACGGAAGUAUCCCGCUUCGAAUACCCACAGUGUGAAGGAUGGACCUUGGUGCAAUCACUGAUCUUGAUGAAUGCAUCGAGCUUCUCUACAAGAGACAGCUGUUACCGGAGAUCACGCUGAAGGCGUUGUGCUUCAAGCUGAAGGAAAUCCUGAUAAAUGAGCCUAACAUCAUGCAGUUGCAAUCCCCAAUCACGGUUGUUGGUGAUAUCCACGGCCAAUUCUACGACUUGAUUGAGAUAUUCAAGAUUGGCGGGUACUGUCCAGACACGAACUACCUCUUCCUCGGAGACUACGUCGACAGAGGCAUGUUCAGCGUUGAGACUAUAACGUUGUUGAUAUGCUUGAAGAUCAGACAUCCCAACAGGGUGACGCUGGUACGAGGAAACCACGAAUCUAGACAGAUCACGCAAAACUAUGGGUUCUACACCGAGUGUAUGAGGAAAUAUGGCAACGCAACGGUGUGGCAUCUCUUCACGGACAUUUUUGACUUCUUAACCUUGAGCGCAAUGAUCGACAACUGUAUAUUUGCCAUACACGGUGGACUGUCCCCAAACGUGCACACUUUGGACCAACUGAGGCUUAUAGACCGGUUCAAAGAGAUCCCACACGAGGGCGCAAUGGCAGAUCUCGUGUGGUCAGAUCCAGACACAGAGAGUAGCGGGUUUUCACUAUCACCAAGAGGUGCAGGUUACACGUUUGGAGUUGAUGUUGUGAAGAAAUUCCUCUCGAUGAAUUCAAUGGACAAGAUUCUAAGGGCCCAUCAGCUGUGUAAUGAAGGUUACCAGGUAUAUUUCAACGGAUUAGUAACCACGGUUUGGUCUGCGCCCAACUAUUGCUAUAGAUGCGGCAAUAAGGCAUCAGUUAUGGAGAUCUACAACAAGGAUCAACACUACUUCAACGUUUUCGACGAGGCACCAGAGAACAAAGACCAAUGGCCGAAGGAGGAUAUAUUUGGUGAAGUUGUUGGUGGUGACACGGCAAACGCCCAGCAUAUUGAAUACUUCCUGUGAAUUAUCAUUGUCAUUAUAUGAGUAGACCACUAACUAUAGUACAACUCUAGGUUUGUCCCGUUGUGUACUUCGUAAUCCCCCAGAGUUAUAUGGUCCUUCAACGUGGUAUUCCCCUUCUUUAGUGCAAUCUUCCCGGCUGCUGUGCCGAUUUGCACAGCUAGCAACUUUUUGAAAUCACCCACAAGGUCCUCUUCAAGGGCCUUUACACGGACCUUCUUACCAACACGGUCGUUCACAACAACUUCAAUCAUGGUCUCAUAAACAAUGGUCGAGACCUCCCUUUCUUCUUUCUUUU